GCUUAAUUAAAGCUGUCAGCAGUCCCUCUAGAGAACAGAAUAUUCCACCUUCGGUCGCAAUUACUCGGGUCACUCCGCCAAAAUCUACCCCUCCUCCCUCCCUCUUUCUCGGAGCUGAUCGGAACCUCCAUCUCCGGUCGUCGGAGGUAAGCUCUCAGGCAACUCAACCUUCUCUCGCAUAUUCCGCCGCCGCGUCGAGCAUACCCAAAUCUAGUCUUCGGGCACAUUCUUUUGCCCAUUCUGCUCCUCUAGCUUUCUCGAUGCUCUAGGCGGUACCCUCGGCGAUCUCUGAUAUCGUCGGGAAAAGAUUAGGUCGAAUUACCAGUGUUUGAUCGCUUUUGGAAUCCCGAGUAGCUACCUUUCCGGUUUUGGAUGGUCAGUAGCUCGGACAUAACAUCCGGCUGAUGUCCGUGACUCAGUAUGAAUCUAUGCAGCUCCAUCUGAUGAAUAUAUAAUAUGUGUUCUGCUGCUCUCCUCGGAGCAAGCCGUAAUUUUAUUACCGAGUUUGGUGGAAUAUCGGCUUCUGUUCGUUAUUCGUGGAGGAGAAGAGAGGCUUUCGGAUUUUUCGAGUUUUGAUUGUUUGAAGGAUGAAUAAUAGUUGGGGCUUGGGAGGUGGGUUUAUGUCGGGUCCUAACGGGGGAUCGCUGGACCUGGAACCGCCGAUGCAUAGACACCAUCACACCCAACUGGCCCAUCCUUCCUCGAGCAAUCAACAUCAGAUCAAUCUGAUGACGGUGGCCCUCGAGAAUGAUCAUCAGUUCAUAAGGUUUCACAAAGGAAAGGCCCCUGCUGCUGCCUUGGAUAAUAGUAAUGCUAGUGAUGAGGAGGGCCCUAAUCUUGAAGAUGGGAAUGGUGACAAUCCGCAUGGGGGGAAGGGCAAGAAGGGCAAUGCCCCCUGGCAACGUAUGAAAUGGACCGAUGAUGUGGUCAGGCUUCUCAUUGCUGUUGUCGCCUGCGUGGGUGAUGAUGGUGCUUUGGACGGGGUCGAGGGGCUUAAGAGGAAACCGGGGAUGAUCUUUCAGAAGAAGGGGAAGUGGAAAACCGUUUCCAAGAUUAUGAUCAAGAAAGGUUGUCAUGUUUCACCUCAGCAGUGUGAGGACAAGUUUAAUGACUUGAAUAAGAGGUACAAGAGGCUGAACGAUAUUCUUGGGAGAGGGACCACCUGUAGGGUUGUGGAGAACCCCGCCCUGCUGGACUCGAUGCCGCAGCUUUCAGCAAAGGCAAAGGAUGAUGUGAGGAAGAUCCUGAGCUCGAAGCACUUGUUCUACAAAGAGAUGUGUGCUUAUCACAACGGGCAGAGGAUUCCCAACUGCCAAGAUCUCGACUUGCAGGGCUAUUCUUUACAUCUUGAGAAGGAGAGUAACGGUUCUGGAGAUGAAGGUGAAGGUAAUGAUGAUGAUGACUCAGACGAUGAUGAUGAUUCAGAGAAUGAGGAUGAAGAUAAUGCCGAUGGAAACAUGGAUAGAAUGGAGAGUUACGGUGAGGGUGGCUCUGGUGGGAGAGACAGUUUCGAGUUUCAGAUGGCGGGGAUGUUCCGGGACCCAUCUAAGUCGGCAGCAGAGCAGAAGGAGUGGAUCAAGUGGCAGAAGCUACAACUCCAAGAGAAGAAAGUACAGAUUCAGGCCCAGUCCUUUGAGCUCGAGAGGCAGCGGUUCAAGUGGCAGAGGUACUGCAGCAAGAAACAGAGGGAGCUUGAGAGGAUGAGGCUCGAGAACGAGAGGAUGAAUCUCGAGAGCGAGUGGCGGGAGUUGCAGCUGAAGCAGAAGGAACUAGAGAUGGGUCCCAAGAGGUCAAACCUUAUCCCUCGUCGCAUCUAGAAGUAUUUCUUGGGCAAGAAUUUGCAUUGUCGUGAAUUGUGUACACAUGUAACAUUCGAUUGUGUAUGUUAACUUCUAUUACUUUCGGGCAGUCGUGAGCUUUCUAGCUGUAAUCAUGAUAGAAAAUGCAGUAAGUGAUCGUUUCGAGAUCGCGGUAAUUAUUGUUU